AUGACCAUAGGAACCGUUCUUGACAGCCCUGCAGUAGAUCUUGCAUGUCAGGAAAGUAAGGCACAAUGUGAAAGAGAUGAUGCGCUCACCAAGCCUACAAAUCUGCAAACAGUAUCAAAAGGUUAUGUUAAUCUUUCUGUUGUGUCAGGCAUGUCCAAUCAGUACAAGCGGCCAUCCAUCACCAGCACAGGAGGGAAGAGGCGCUCGGGCAGCACCAAGUUUGAGCUCACAGAAGAACAGAAGAACGAUAUCCAGGAGGCGUUCAAUCUGUUUGACCCCAAUGGCACAGGCACCAUUGACCCCAAGGAGCUCAAGGUCGCCAUGAGGGCCCUGGGCUUCGAACCCAAAAAGGAAGAAAUCAAGAAGAUGGUCGCAGAGAUUGAUAAGGACGAGAGUGGCAAGAUAAAGUUUGAAGAGUUCCUGCACCUCAUGACAAUCAAGAUGGCUGAGAAGGAUGUCAAGGAAGAGAUCCUCAAGGCAUUCAAGCUCUUUGACGAUGAUAACACCGGGAAGAUCUCCUUUGACAACCUGAAGCGCGUUGCAGAGACCUUAGGGGAGAAUCUCACCGAUGAAGAGUUGCAAGAAAUGAUUGAAGAGGCAGAUCGCGAUGGUGACAAUCAGAUCAACCAAGAUGAGUUUUUCCCUGUAGAACUGUGUCUUUUUAACUCUAUAAUUGUAUGUUGGAUGUGCCCCAUAAAAGCAGUUACUUUAGAAAGUGCAGAAAAUCUUUUGAAAGAAAAACUGCAAUAUUGA